GCUAGCUAUCGUGUUCCUUCCGUUGAAUGAUAAUCAAAAUCUCUGUUACUUACUAAAAAUGCCAUUGGAAACGGUCGAUCAGAGGCAACACGGGAGGGUUCAAACCGGAGGAGGAGGAGGAGGAGGCAACGUGCAUCCGCCUGAACCGGAGAACGUCCCCUGCCCUCGUUGCGAUUCGACCAACACUAAAUUCUGCUACUACAACAACUACAAUCUCUCUCAGCCUCGUCAUUUCUGCAAAUCUUGCCGCCGAUACUGGACCCGCGGCGGCACCCUUCGCAACGUCCCUGUUGGCGGCGGCACCCGCCGAAACCCCAUCAAACGUUCUCGUAAUUCCUCUUCCGUUGCCGCCGCCGCUUCAUCUUCUUCAUCUUCGGCCGCCGCCGCCGUUACUAUCCGCGACUCUAUUCCCCUCUUGCCACCGCCGAAAUCAAUCGACGCAACCGCAACGUCGUCGUUUUACACCGAAAUGAACCUGAACGAAACCUAUCAUCAAUACGACCCUGUUUCAGCUAUUCAUCCGGGGACAUUCACGUCGUUGCUUGCGCCGCCUCCUCAAGGAGGAAGUGGAGGGUUAUUCGGUUUAGGUGGGUAUGGGCUUGAUUCCGGGUCUGGAUUGAGGGAAACGGAGUUUGGUCUGAGCAUCGGAGUUUGGCCGAUGGAGGAGAUGGGUGUCGUCGGCAACGGCGGAGGUGAUCCCGGGGUAACAUGGCAAAUGGGUGUUGGAGGAGGAGGAGGAGAACGAGGGUUAACGGAAUCAGAAUACUUUGGGUGGCCGGAGCUGGCCAUUUCCACGCCGGGGAAGGCAGUCAAGUAAACAAUCUGGGUCCAGCAUAAAAAAAAGAAGAAGGGGGUUUUCUUUAAUGGUUCGGUGCUUGUGUUUGAGACUUGAUAAAGGGUAAGUAAGUGAAUACUUCUAUUCCAAUAUAAAUCAGACAGUUUAAUUAAUUUAAAUCUUUGUUUAUGUUGGAAUAUUAGAGAAAAAAACUAUUAUUUUGCAUCAUGUAUUUAAUUACAUAUUUGUUUGUGUUUGUGUGUUUUGUGUAUCCUUAAUACAUGCUCUUCCUGUUUUGUAAUGGGUGUUUAAUUAUUUUCAUGUUUUAGAUAAAAUGAGCAUAUUGUUGUGGUAAUACAGAGAAGAAAAACUUGUGAAUGUUUAAUCAUGUUGUGAACUAUAUAUAAUGCAUUUCAUCAAUUAAUGAAAGAGCUCAAGAUAUUUUGGA